CUCCCAGGACCUACGCCGUCCACCAUCACCAUGUAGGCUGAUAUGGCCGUCAGUGCAAUGUCUCGUCCGCUACUGCGCAGCGUGUACCAUCUGCCACGCCGGAAGAUCAACACGGCACAGCAUCUCCGGCAAUGCCGCCGCAGGGUUGCAACUUUCACAGCACGCGACCACGCCGCCCAACUGUCGAUAAUCCCCACCGCUGUCGACAAGAGCAGCACGAUAUACCAGCAAAAUGCCGAGGCAAUGGGAGAUCUUACGGCCAAGCUGGCUCAACUUCACGCCGAAGCAGCGAAAGGCGGGCCUGAGAAGGCAAGGCAGAAACACAUUGAGAGGCGCAAGAUGCUGGUCCGAGACCGAGUCACAGCAUUGAUAGAUGCAGGCAGCAGUUUUCUUGAACUCAGUGCGUUGGCCGGUCACAACGUGUACGAGGAAGAUAUUCCCGCCGCCGGCAUGGUAACUGGGAUCGGAGCGGUAGAGGGUGUAAUGUGCAUGAUUGUUGCCAACGAUAGCACUGUCAAAGGCGGGACAUACUAUCCUAUGACUGUCCGCAAGCAUUUGCGAGCGCAAGAAAUUGCGCUCCAGAAUCGCCUGCCAUGCAUAUAUCUCGUCGACUCCGGUGGUGCCAAUCUGCCUCAUCAAGCGGAUGUCUUUCCCGAUCGAGAUCACUUCGGCCGGAUCUUCUACAACCAAGCCCGAAUGAGCUCGCAGGGCAUCCCGCAGAUCAGCGUUGUGAUGGGACCUUGUACUGCAGGCGGUGCUUACGUGCCCAGCAUGAGCGACGAAAGCAUCAUUGUGCAGGAACAAGGCACCGUCUUCCUUGCCGGACCGCCACUCGUCAAAGCAGCUACAGGUGAAGAGGUCACCGCCGAGGAGCUUGGAGGCGGCAAGCUGCACUCGGAAGUAUCUGGCGUGACAGACUAUCUUGCUGUCGAUGACACUCAUGCCCUGGUCCUCGCCCGAAGGUGCAUCUCCAACCUCAACUACCCGACAUCAGACAGCGCGUCUCGAAGAAAAGGCUGGACCGAACCAAUCCACGACCUUGCUGAGCUUGCCGGCAUCGUGGGCACUAACCUCAAAACAACAAUUCCAAUGCAUGAUGUAAUCGCACGCAUAGUCGACGGCAGUCUGUUCUCCGAAUUCAAGCCACUUUACGGCAGCACCCUGAUUACAGGUUUCGCGACCAUUUAUGGCCACCCUGUCGGCAUCAUCGCCAACAACGGUAUCCUCUUCUCCGAGUCCAGCCUCAAAGGUGCGCACUUCAUCCAGCUCUGCUGUCAGCGCAACGUCCCGCUCAUCUUCCUCCAAAAUAUCUCUGGAUUCAUGGUGGGCCAGGACGCGGAAAAGGGCGGCAUAGCCAAGAACGGCGCCAAGCUGGUCACAGCAGUGGCUUGUGCGGAGGUGCCCAAAUUUACUGUACUGAUCGGCAGUUCGGCGGGGGCUGGUAACUACGGCAUGUGCGGGCGUGCUUACAGUCCGCGCUUUCUUUGGAGCUGGCCGACAGCGAAGACGAGCGUGAUGGGCCCAGAGCAGCUGGAAGCGGUUAUGAAAGCGGUAGGUAGGAAGGUGGAUGAAGGAUUGAAGGCGAGGAUCGAGCGGGAGAGCGAUGUGCUGUUUGCGACAGCUAGGCUGUGGGAUGAUGGAGUGAUUCCUCCCGAGCAUACGAGGAGGGUGCUCGGCAUGGGUUUACAAGCAGCGAUGGGUGGAAGUGUGGAGCAGAAGGAAACGAAGUUUGGAGUGUUCAGGAUGUAACACGUGGAUCCUCCGGCACGAACGCUAAGUCGCGGCACCUGCUACUGCCACUAAGUGCUCAUACGCACAAUGAAUCUACCUCCAAGCCAUACCAACUCGACCUGCGCACUCGUUCGUGAUUACAAACACCCUGUCGCGAGAAGGACUGGAUGUCUUUACUCACCGAGCAGUUGCCGGGCAUGCUCGACAAACUGAGCGGCCGCUUGCUGGAAGUGCUGCAGCCCAUUGACCGGGCCAACCCAGUUCCCAGCUCCACCGUCCUCUGGCCAGGCGAACGCCGCAUGCGGAUCGAUAGCACCCGGCGCAGCGUACACACAUCUGUUGCCGUGGUUGAUUUGGUCGGUAGCGGAAUACGUUGCAAGGCAGACCCAGCAGAAGCCGGUCCUGCAU